GGAGUGCGCCGUCCAGCUUAUCUGGGGACCCUCUUCCCUUCUUGCUCUUCUCUGUCCUCGGGGUUCGCGGUCCGCGGGGUCCGGGAACGCCUCGGGUGGGCCCGGCCCCGCCCCCGCCCCGCCCCCGCCCCGCCUCCUGCCUGCAAGGCCAGGAAGCGAAGAAGGAACCGCCGGGGGCCAUGGACGGGGCCAUGGACGGGGCCGUGAUGGAAGGGCCGCUCUUUUUGCAGAGUCAGCGUUUCGGUACCAAGAGGUGGAGGAAGACCUGGGCCGUGCUCUACCCGGCCAGCCCCCACGGCGUAGCGCGCCUCGAGUUCUUCGAUCACAAGGGGCCGAGCUCUGGAGGGGGCCGAGGGAGCUCGCGCCGCCUGGACUGCAAGGUGAUCCGUCUGGCCGAGUGUGUGAGCGUGGUGCCCGUGGCCGUGGAGAGCCCCCCUGAGCCGGGAGCCGCCGCCUUCCGCCUGGACACCGCGCAGCGCUCGCACCUGCUGGCGGCCGACGCGCCGUCCAGCGCCGCCUGGGUGCAAACGCUGUGCCUAAAUGCCUUUCCGAAAGGCAGCUGGGGUCUGGCGCCUGCGGAGAACCCACCCAAGCUUUCUGCCCUGGAGAUGCUGGAGAACUCGCUGUAUAGCCCCACCUGGGAAGGAUCCCAGUUCUGGGUCACCGUGCAGAGGACGGAAGCCGCUGAGCGCUGCGGCCUGCAUGGCUCCUAUGUGCUUCGGGUGGAGGCUGAGAAGCUGACUCUCCUGACUGUGGGAACUCAGAAUCAGAUACUCGAGCCAGUCCUUUCCUGGCCCUACACUCUGUUGCGUCGCUAUGGCCGAGACAAGGUCAUGUUCUCCUUUGAGGCUGGUCGGCGCUGCCCCUCUGGCCCUGGAAACUUCACCUUCCAGACGGCACAGGGAAAUGACAUUUUCCAGGCAGUGGAGACUGCUAUCCACCGGCAGAAGGCCCAGGGCAAGGCUGGUCAGGGGCAGGAUGUUCUUAGAGCUGAUUCCCGUGAAGAAGUGGCGGAGGGGAAGCUGGCUUCCCACCCUGGGGCCCAGGAGCUCCCCGACAGCCCUCCGGCUCUGUAUGCUGAACCCUUAGACUCUCUGCGCAUUCCUCCAGGUCCUUCCCAGGACUCCCUAUACUCAGACCCUUUGGACAGCACCCCUGCUCAGGCCGGGGAGAAGGUACAGUUAGAGAAAACUCUCUAUUGCGACUUGUAUGAGCAUGUGCAGCAGCAGCUGAUGAAGGCCAAGCUGACGGACCCCAAGGAGGACCCCAUCUAUGAUGAACCGGAGGGCCUGGGGCCAGCUCCGGUCCGGGGCCUUUAUGACCUGCCGCAGGAGCCCAAGGAUGCAUGGUGGUGCCAGGCUCGAGCGAAGGAGGAGGGCUACGAGCUCCCCUACAACCCUGCCACCGAUGACUACGCCGUGCCUCCCCCUCGGAGCACAAAGCCCGUCCCAGCUCCCAAGCCCCAGCGCCUGGCCUUCCCUGAACCUGGUACAACUGGCAGUGGCAGCAAAGGCCACAGCUCAGACACUGCCCUGUACAGCCAGGUCCAGAAGAGCCGGUCCUCAGGGAACUGGGACUGUGGGCUCUCUAGCGUAGGGGUUGACAGGACUGGGGUCAAGUCAGAGGGCUCCACAUGAGAAGUAGGGUGAGGCUGGGUGGGGUUGCUGAUGGGAGGAGAAUGGAGAGGUGGCAUUGGGGGCAUCAAAGAAACCUGUUAGCACCAGUGGGACCCAGAGGACUGGAGGGGCCUGUGUGAGACUAGAGGACCAGACGAAUCAGGGGAGUCAAGGGAAGAAUGAUUAAUCCCCAGAAGUCCUGGAAGUGAGACAGAUGACAGGGGCUCAGGGAUGGUACCUGGGGAGGCCAGCAUCUCUAAGUCAUCUCCCCAAAAGAAUGGACAGUUGCUGGACCAGGUCUAUGGAUUAGAGUGGGUACAGUUGGAGGGGCCUGCAUGGAGGCUUUCGGAAGAUGCUGGACUGCCUGGAUCCUUUCCCCUGUAUUCCUCAC